UACGAUAUACGACCAUACGAUAAUGCGAUGAAUAUGCGAUACGCGAGUGUUGUGUGACAACCGUGUGUGUUUUGGAUAUACAUAUUAUUUAAGUUUGAACAUUGUGUUUAGGUAUUUGGAAACCAGGUCUAUACAAAGAGGUGUGUGCAGUGUGUGAUGAAGGCGCACGUUAUCAGGCAGGGAUUGUUGCGCGGCUGAAGGUCACUGUAGAGAGCGCGAGACGCUCAGUGUAGAGGCAGCGCGCGAGCCGUGUGGUGUGUGAUGGUGCGCGUGUGCGAGUGACGAUGGAAGCAACGGCGACGAUGCCACCUGUAGAACUGGCUCCACAGCCACCCGAGGUGAAAACAGUGGAUACCAACGAGAAGACAGUGGACAACACCGUGGCGUUCCUUCAACAAGAGAUGACAGCUAGCAGCGUUGACGUCAAUGGUGAAGUGGAAGAGGAAGAUGGACAAGUGACAGAAGUGACGAAGAUAGAGUGUGAAACCUCUGAGAAUGGGCUAAAUGAAUCUGGUGACGCGAAUGACGUGGACGAUACGAUUGAAAACGAUGAACUAGCUCCUAUGAAAUACAACGAGAACGAACAAGUGUGGGUGAAACUCGACGAACAAGUUAAUACCGAAGUACUCGAAAACGCACAAGAAAGUGAACUAAAGGUCAUUGUUGAAGAAAUGGACAGUUUAGUUAUUGUCGAGGGCGAGAAUCAGACCGAGCAAUCCACUGAAGCGGAAAUAGACCAGCCUCUGAAAUUGGAACUGCACAUAAGCGAAUCCGACCUGGUGGAUAAACCUGAUGAGCCGAACGACGGUUUACACAUUGAAACAGAAGCGAAUGCGAAGGAGACGUACUCGUGUCAGAGUUCCCCUGGGUACAUCAAACCCCCGGUCAGAUCGACAAUUAUAAAACAGAGAUCACUCGACACUCAAGGUGCAUCUGACGAUGAGGGAGAGAUGGGACGUUCGAAAAGAGGUAGUUUGCACUCACCGUCGUCGAAAAUCUUGACAAAAAUGACCCCGAUGACGUGGGACCAGUGGAUGAAAAGACCUGCUUCUUACGUUCCGCCCAAAUCCCCCGAGAAAGACGCUAAACCUACCUCUCCUACUACGGAAGUCGAUGGGAAAGAAGAAAUCAAAGAGACAAAGGAGGAAACAAAGAAGGGUGAAAGUCCUAAAGUGAAGAAGACGAGGUUUCAAAUCACCCCUUCGAGCGCUGACGUCCUCGAAAUCAACCGCGACGAACCAAAGGUCUUGGAAACCUUUGACGAGACCGAAGAAGACAAAUUUCUGUUGGAAAACCCCAACGUGCUGGUGGAGAGCCACCUGAACGAACUGACGAUGGUGGAGUCGCAGCUCAAGAAACUCGGGGCUGCCGCGAAAGUGGGGGUGUGUACGAAGAGGUUGGGUCAGCCGGAGCCCGACCAGAAGUCCAUGGGUAGGGCGAGUUCCGGGGAUCAGAAGAGUAAAGGGUGGUUGGCGUGGUUGUCAGUGUUCACAAAGAAGCCUCCUCCGCCAUCGCCUCCGGUCAAGAAGCAGCCUGCCAGGAGACCUUGUCCGCAACACUCCAAAACUGCGGCUCGUCCUAGACCCGCAGGACCCAUCCUGGCCAACUACGACCCCAAGAUGGUGACCGUUAUUGAGGGCAGUGAAAAUGCGACGGCCGGCCGGGUGUCCUCAUCGAGGAGUCGCACCUCCGAUGAACCUCACAUCGGAAAAUACAAACUCCUCAAGACCAUUGGCAAAGGAAACUUUGCCAAGGUCAAACUGGCCAAACAUGUUCCCACGGGUAAAGAGGUAGCAAUCAAAAUAAUAGACAAGACACAAUUAAAUCCUGGAAGUUUACAAAAGUUAUUUAGAGAAGUUAGGAUAAUGAAGAUGCUAGAUCAUCCAAACAUAGUCAAGUUAUUCCAAGUGAUAGAGACAGAUAAGACAUUGUACCUGGUGAUGGAGUAUGCUAGUGGAGGAGAGGUGUUUGACUACCUCGUACUACACGGCAGGAUGAAGGAGAAAGAGGCUCGGGCCAAGUUUAGACAGAUUGUAUCUGCUGUUCAGUAUUGUCAUCAAAAGAAAAUCAUUCACAGAGACCUUAAGGCUGAGAAUCUAUUACUAGACAGUGAAAUGAACAUCAAAAUUGCUGACUUUGGCUUCAGCAAUGAGUUCACUCCUGGAAAUAAGUUAGAUACCUUCUGUGGGAGUCCGCCUUACGCCGCCCCUGAACUCUUCCAAGGUAAAAAGUACGAUGGGCCUGAAGUGGACGUUUGGUCGCUCGGAGUCAUUUUAUAUACCUUGGUGAGUGGAUCGUUACCAUUCGAUGGCUCGACGUUACGAGAACUAAGGGAACGGGUUCUCAGAGGGAAGUAUAGAAUCCCCUUCUACAUGUCAACCGAUUGUGAAAACCUGCUCAAGAAAUUCCUCGUGUUAAACCCAGCGAAAAGAGCGUCACUAGAGGGCUCGGCUUACAGCGCCCCACAGAAACCUGGCGAAACUACGCAGGAACCAUAUAACAUAAUGAAAGACAAGUGGAUGAAUAUGGGUUAUGAGGAAGACGAAUUAAAACCUUACGUUGAACCUGAUUCUGACUUCAAGGAUCUUAAAAGGAUAGAAGCCCUAGUUGGAAUGGGUUACAGUAGAACAGAAAUUGAGGACAGCUUAGCGCAAGCUAAGUAUGAUGAUGUCUUUGCAACGUACCUGCUACUCGGACGAAAGUCUACCGAUCCGGAGAGUGAUGGGUCAAGGUCAGGAAGUUCACUGUCACUGAGGGGUAUGACACCAGGCACAGGCACGCCAGCCACCACGACCAAUGCUCAGUCUCCCAGCCAUCGGGGUGUACACCGAUCCAUCAGUGCUACCAACGCCAAGCCUAGCCGUCGCGCCAGUAGCGGUGGAGAGACCCUGCGUGAGUCGACUACGCCGGCCAACGGGGUGCAAAAUAGACGGCUGCUUAGCCUACUAGGCGGAGUACCAGCGGGCGGCACUGCCAACACGACCAACCACAAUCACAGUAGCGGCGGCGGCAACAGCACCACCGCGACUGCCAGCAACUUCAAGCGGCAAAACACCGUGGACUCGGCUACCAUCAAGGAGAAUACUGCAAGAAUCAACUCUCGGGCUCCGGCCAAGACUGCCAACCUACCUGUGCUUGACACAACGGGAACAGCAGAUGGAGCUAGUCCUGGCAAGCCCAGAGUGACCAAAUCCAACACUAUGCAAGGCAACCGUAUGUUUGCUCCAUCCGCCUCCAUGGGACGACGGUCAACCAUCAGUUACGAGGCGAAGGCCAGCAGCAACGAGAAGACCAACACUACAGGGGAGACACCGAGUGUGGUGACCGUGGACAGUCGCGCAGGCAAGGGUCACAUCAAGUCUGCGUCUAUAUCCACCUCGUCUGGACGGCCCACUCAUGAACUAGAACCCUCUCUAGAUCCUCUCCGACAAAGUGUUGGAGUGCGUUGUGGUCCUCCCGCCUCCCCCGCCCAGACCAAUCGUCAGCCGUUCCCCCGCAAUGUGCCGUCCCGCAGUACCUUCCACAGUGGCCAGAACCGCCAGCGAGGCUACGGCACUCCCUCCCCCACCGGUGCGCCACACGACGCCAACGCCAGGCCCUCCUUUUUCUCCAAGCUCUCGUCUAGGUUUUCUAAACGACCUAUGGAUCCAGUCCCCAAAACUGUAGUUAGCAGUGCUGUCAAUGAUGAUCAGGUGAAGCCUCGAUCCCUCAGAUUCACGUGGAGCAUGAAAACCACCUCUUCUAGAGAUCCCAACGAAAUAAUGGCGGAAAUUAGAAAGGUUCUGGACGCCAACAACUGUGACUACGAGCAGAGAGAGAGGUUCCUGCUGCUGUGUGUCCACGGAGACCCCAACACUGACUCACUGGUACAGUGGGAGAUAGAGGUGUGCAAGUUGCCGCGUCUUUCACUCAACGGAGUUCGCUUCAAGCGCAUCUCUGGCACUUCCAUCGGCUUCAAGAACAUCGCUUCCAAGAUUGCCAACGAGCUGAAGCUGUGACUACCACUGGUCGACUCGUCCCUUCCCGAGGACUCUGUCGAGUGAACAGACAACCGUCACGUGUAUAUACAAUCGAGUGGAAGAUCGUUGUUGCCCGGUUAUCGAUUAGCUGGGUGUUUGAGCAGGAGGACUCAAUAGCACGCUGUUUUGUUCGGUAUUUGUGUUUCCCUAGCUGUGUACAAGCUCCGAUCGCUCUUCUAACGAGCAGUCGUUCUAAUUUACUCUUCUUUCUUGCCCCCGUUUUCGUUUGUAAUCGUAUUACCGGUUGUCGAUAACUGUUUCUUUUAGAGAUUUUACAAUUUAAAUAGGUGUAUUCGUACGAAUCAUAAUACAAAAUAGCGAUUAAAUAAUUCGAUUAUAAAUUUAUUUAUUGUAUACUAUCUAAAUUAUUAUUGUAAACUUAUCGAUUAAAUUUAUUUUGUACAAUUUUAUUUAAUCAUAAUGAUUGUUUGAAAAUAUCGUUGUAAGUAAUAUAUUUACUUAUCCCUGGGAUGGACGAUACUUAUUGUAAAUAGAGGGUGAAGCUGUAUAUAGACUACCCAGGCCCGGGUCACACUCGACAUGUACUUAGGCCCGGCCCCACCUAACAAUACAUACAUUUAUUACUUUCCUAAAUAAAUUUGUAAUAAUUGCUGUUUAUGAUAGUAAAAUGGCAGACAUUACACAAACUAACAAGAAAGCAUUUUGUUUCUGAAGAUUCCUUCCCAACACCAAUUUCUCCAACAAUAAAAUUCAGAUAAUUGAUGUGUCUGAGAUUGUAUUGAGCCUAGUUUAGUAAAACCGGUCAGUAUUUAAACAGAUUUGUAUGUUAGGGUCGCUUGUUAAAUCUAUUUUUCCUUCAAAAAUCACUGAUUCUAAAAUGUAAAAUGUGUUCAAUAGAGUAUUUGGUAAACUUACAUAAUAUUUAUUUACAUAAUAAUAUCUCUUAUUUAGAUCAAAAUCGACUGUCAAUUAUGCAGUUCUUGAAGUGGAAGGCUUGACAUUGGACACAUGCUUUCGUCGGGCUGUUGUUAUAUUACGUACCUCAGCUUAUCUUUGCUUUAGCUUUAAUUUGUAAAACUGUCUAGGAAGGAUCAUCUUGACAAAUAUCUUAUCAACUCCAAGCUUUUAAAGCUCUGGUAUUUUAAUAAAACACAUUUUGUGAUUUCUUUUUUAAUAAAUCACAAUUGAUGGAAGGUGAAGGUAUGACUGUAGUAUUAAAAUAAAUUUAUAAUAAAAUUGAAAGUAACUUA